AUGGCGCCACUCCUUGCCGAGGAAGUCAUCAAGCAUUCCGCAUACAACACCAUCAAUUAUGACCUCCCCGCCACAACCUCUGGAUCAUGUACCGUGGCGCAGAACAGGCGAGGAGGGCCCUUGAACAUCAACUAUGAGAUCCAUGGCAAUGGCCCCGUGAAGCUCGUGUGGGUAAUGGGUCUGAAUGCAACGCUGAAGGACUGGAGGCGUCAGACCAAAUACUUUGGUCACCAGCACGCUUCUAAAUAUUCAUGUCUAGUCUUUGACAACCGUGGAGUUGGUCGGUCGGAUAAACCGGUCGCCUAUUACUCCACAUCCGAGAUGGCUCGAGAUGUGGUGGACCUGGUCGCCUCGCUGGGCUGGAUCGAUCUUGCUGCUCCUCCGAACCGAUCGAUUCAUGUCAUCGGUGCUAGCAUGGGUGGCAUGAUCGCCCAAGAGAUUGGAAUGCUCAUUCCCGAUCGCUUAUUGAGCCUGACCCUCUGCUGUACUGCUCCGCGAUUGGUUCGGACAGGUCCAUUCUUCGAAAACUUGCGUGAACGGGCGGGCAUGUUCAUUCCCCGCCAUGUCGACAUAGAGCUCGAGAGGAUGGCAAGGAGUCUCUUCCCCGAGGACUUCCUGGCCGAACCAGAUACAGAGUACGAGGACCCAGCGAUGAACUUUCCGACCAAGCGUGAUCGGUUCGCUGCUGGUAUGCUGCAUAAGCGUGCGGACACCGAAGCGCAUACGAAGAAAGGAUUCAUGAUGCAGGUGUUGGCUUGCUAUUUCCAUCAUAAGUCAGCGGAGCAGCUCAAAUCUCUGGGAGAUCAAGUGGGGAGGGAGCGGAUCUUCGUGUGCCAUGGCACUAGAGACUUGAUGCUGACGUUCCGUCAUGGGGAAAUAAUACGCGAGGAGAUCGGUGAUGGGAUCCAAUGGAAGGUCUUCGAAGGCAGCGGCCAUAUGCUGGGCUGGGAAAGGGAGCACGAGCUGAACAAGAUGCUGGAAGAGUUUGUGGAUAGAUGCACCUGA